AUGGCGCGGCCAGACUCCAUCGAGCUCGGCGAGUCGCCGGCGGCAGCCUCGACGCCGUACGUGUCCGCCCCCGGCACCUCGGCGCCCUCGCUGUUGCAGGACGAUGACCCGGGCCAGGGGCUGCGCGCGGCGGCGGCGGCGCGGCACGAGUUCUCGCUGGCGCCGGCCGACUGCGGCAAGCACGCGUGGUUCUUCCUGGCCGCCAGCUUCUUUGUCGAGGCCUUGACCUGGGGCUUUCCCUUUGCCUUUGGCGUGUUCCAGGACUACUACACCUCCCACGAGAUCUUUACUCAGUCUUCCCAGGUCCCCCUGAUAGGAACCUGCGCCUUGGGAAUAAUGUAUCUAGAUAUCCCUCUCAUCAUUGGUAUUCAGCGUCUCUACCCGGCCUUCAGCAGGUGGUCCCCCGUCAUCGGCUUGCUCAUCAUGUGCAUCUCCCUCGCCGCGAGCUCCUUCUCCACGACCCCGGUCCAUCUCAUCAUCACCCAGGGCGUCUUCUACGCCAUCGGCGGCUCCAUCUCCUACUGCCCCUGCAUCCUGUACAUGGACGAAUGGUUCGUCAAGCGCAAGGGCUUCGCCUAUGGAGUGAUGUGGUCGGGUACGGGCUUGGCUGGGUUCGCCCUCCCGCUGCUGUUCGAGCACUUCCUCGGCCGCUACGGAUUCCGCACGACCCUCCGCAUCUGGGCCGUCGCCCUGCUCAUCCUCACCAUGCCCCUGGCCUACUUCAUCAAGCCCCGGCUGCCGCCCACGGCCACGGCGCACAUCAAGCCCUUCAAGAUGGGUUUUGCCAUCCGGCGAACCUUCCUCCUGCAUCAGGCCGCCAACAUCUGCCAGGCCCUGGGCUUCUUCCUCCCCAGCAUCUACCUCCCCACGUAUGCCCGCACAAUCGGCGCUAGCCCUCUGGCCUCGGCGCUCACCAUCCUACUCAUCAACGUUGCCUCCGUCUUUGGCUGUGCCGCCAUGGGCUCCCUCACCGACCACUUCCACGUCACCAACUGCCUCCUCAUCUCGGCCAUCGGCGCCGCACUGGGCACCCUUGUGCUCUGGGGCCUCGCCACCAGCCUGCCCGUCCUCUUUUUCUUCUGCGUCAUCUACGGUCUGUUCGCCGGCUCCUACACCUCGGCCUGGACAGGAAUCAUGCGCCAGAUUACUUCUGAACCUGGGGCCACGGCCGCUAUGAGCGGAAUCACGUUUCUCUGGAGAAAAAUCGGGUGGAUGUAA